GCCGAAACCAGUGAUAGUGUUGGAUUUGUGAAGCCGAUUAUUGGAUUCUGGCCCGACAUCAUGAGCGACUCGGACUGCGAAGAGUACGUGCCCGACCACAGCAAGCGGCGCAUCGUCGUGGAGAUCGCCUCCGACAGCGACGACGACAACCUGCUCAACGUCACGCCGGUCAAGCGGCGGCGCGUCGGCGCCUCGCAGGCGACGUCGCCGCCCUCCGGAACCGACUCGCCGCUGCGCCGCCGGCCCAUUCGCCGCGCCUUGGCGUCGCCGCCCAAGGAAGACAAGGACGGCGUCGUGCACCUCGACGACUCGUCGUCCGACGAGGACGAUAACGACAUUGAAAUCCAGAUGAAGCUCGCGAACGACCCGGUGCUGCAGCGAACGCAAGCCAUCUUGCGGAAGGUGCAGCCCGUCGACGUCGUCGCGACCGACGUGUCCCAUUCGACUGCCUUUUCUGGCGACGACGCCAUGAUCACGCUCGCCGUACAAUGGAUAUCGCUCAGUGGAAGCGAGCAGACCGAGCGCAUUCGCAUGCCUCAGACGGCGACCUUCGACACGCUGUUGAGCAAAUUCUGCGAGUGCCACGACCUCGUGCCGGCCGGCGUCCGCUUCGUCUACGACGGCGUCGCGAUCGAGCUUGGGGACACGCCCGAGCGCUACGACCUCGAAGACAACGACGUGGUCAACGCCAUCGUGGACUCUGCAGCAGCGUACGUCGCGUCCAAGUCGCCGGCCAAGUCCAUGGCGAAAUCACCGGCGAAAUCGCCGGCCAAAGACAUCAUCCGGGUCAAGGUGCGCCGGACCGGCGGCAAGAUCGAGAUCUACCGCAUCUCGAGCAGCAUGCCCGUGCAGAAGCUUCUGCUCUCGUUCUGCAACGUGCACAAGCUGUCGCCAGAUGACGUGACGCUCAAGCUCUUGGGCGACACCCUCGAGCUCGACAAGCCCAUCUCGCAUUAUAGUCUCGACUCGACCGAUGUCGUCGAGGCCGCGUGCGACCAAGCGAUCGCCGAAGACCCGACCGCCGUAAGCGUCAACCUCCGCUUCCUUCCGUCCACCGAGACGGAGGCCUUCAAGAUCUCAACCACGGCGCUCGUCAAGACACUGGUGCAGAAGGUCUGCGCCAAGCGACAUUUGGAUCCGGCCCACGUUCGCUUCAAGAUCGACGGCGAGUUGAUGCACCCCGACCAGCCCUUCUCGCAAUACGACCUCGAAGGCGACGAGCUCAUCGACGUUGUGCUGAGUUAAGACUUAACUCGUCUCUCUGUACUUUGUGCGUGAA